AAUCCCAUUUUUGCUGGAGAAAAAAAAAACAGGGCUCUAAAAUACGAGCUCCACUACUCCUUGGCUCCUUGCUUCAGGCACGCUCAUCUUCCACGCUCUGCUCCCGUGCUCCAUCGAUCAGGAAUUCAGAACUCACAAACACGCCUGCUCCCUCUUCGAUAAAUCCAACCUAUUAUCCAAACCGUCUCCCGUCUGAUCCGUCGCCGUCGAGGAGUCGACUCGCCUAUCCACAGGCAAAAAGAAGAAAAAGGAGAGAUUAUCUAGCUGGGAGCGUCGCCGGCGAUGCUCUGCUCCGGCCGCAUGCUGGCCUGCAACGGGGUCUUGCCCGGUCGGCUCCGGCUGCCGAGGGCCGACGCCUACCACCUGCGCCCACCAGCGCUCGCGCGGAGGUGGCGCGUCGUGGCCUCCGCUGCGGCGUCCGGCGGCUCCCCUGACCUCCCAUCGUCGUCGUCUUCGCCGCCUAAUCCGCCGUUUGGGGCCGGGGACGACCAGACCGCCGCGUCACCUGGGUUUUGCAUCAUUGAAGGGCCUGAGACGGUCCAAGAUUUUGCAAAGCUAGACUUGCAGGAGAUUCAGGAUAAUAUUAGGAGCCGCCGAAACAAGAUUUUCUUGCAUAUGGAGGAGAUUCGAAGAUUGAGAAUACAGCAAAGAAUAAAAAAUGUGGAACUCGGAAUUUCAGAUGAAGAGCGUGACCAUGAACUCCCUGAUUUUCCAUCAUUUAUUCCGUUCUUGCCUCCUCUGAGUGCAGCUAAUCUAAAGGUCUACUAUGCCACAUGUUUCACCCUCAUAGCUGGGAUAAUGGUGUUUGGUGGUUUUCUUGCACCAAUCCUGGAACUUAAACUUGGUGUAGGGGGCACGUCUUAUGAAGACUUCAUCCGCAGCGUUCAUCUGCCGAUGCAGUUGAGCCAGGUAGAUCCCAUUGUGGCAUCUUUCUCAGGCGGAGCAGUUGGAGUUAUCUCUGCCCUAAUGGUUGUUGAGAUAAACAAUGUCAAGCAGCAGGAGCUUAAGCGGUGCAAAUACUGUUUAGGAACCGGAUACCUGGCAUGUGCCCGCUGUUCAAGUACGGGCGCUCUUGUGCUCACAGAGCCUGUUUCCACAUUCAGUGAUGGCGAUCAGCCUUUAUCCGCACCAAAGACAGAGAGAUGCCCGAAUUGCUCAGGCUCGGGAAAGGUGAUGUGCCCAACAUGCCUCUGCACUGGGAUGGCAAUGGCAAGCGAGCAUGACCCCCGGAUCGACCCGUUUAUUUGAGGUGCACCUUUAGUCCAGGAACUGCUGCAACGUGUGGAAGAUGCUUUUGUAGAUAACAGCAUCCACAAAAGAUUCACAGAUAGGCCGAAUCGUGAAUUCGAAUCGACGUUGUACGACACGAAUAGGACGAACUGAAGAGUGCAGAGAGGUGUAUGUUGUAAAGUAAUAAAAAAAAUAUUUAGACCAAAGACCGUUUGGCCCCGUUUUAUAGAAAUCAAGCUAUGUUUGAUUGUAA